AUGGUACUUAAGUGUAAGGGAGCGUGUAACUUGUGUGGAGACAAGAACUGCCCCGAUCAUGUUCAUUGCCAUUCCUGGAAACAGAGAGGUUUUUGUCGACCUGGAGGGCCAUAUUACUCCUACAUGAAGGCGUACUGUCCAGCCACCUGCGAGCUAUGUGGAUCGUCAAAGACUGAACCAACAACGUCUACAACGCCUGCUUCGUCAACGACCGCUGAACCAUCUACAACGCCUAGUCCUUCAACCACAGGUGUACCAUCCACGACGUCUAGUCCUUCAACCACUGAUGCACCAUCUACGACAUCUACUCCUUCAACCACAGAUGCACCACCUACGAAGUCUGGUCUUUCGACCACUGAUGCACCAUCUACGACGUCUGAUGUUUCAACCACAGGAGAACAAUCUAGUUCGUCAUCAAAUACUACCGCUGCUCUGACAGCUGAAGUUGAUGCUUGCUUAAAAGCACACAACGAAAGGCGUGCGCUUCAUGGUGCAAGUCCGCUGGUCUGGGAUGAUACACUGAGAGAGCAUGCGCAGGCUUGGGCCGAUCACCUGGCUGAGACUGGCAAAAUUCGUCAUGACCCAAACCGAGACGAGGAAGGAGAAAACAUAGCUUGGUUUAAAGGAUACAAAACUGCAAACUGUGAGGAUGCACUGAUAGAAUGGUACGACAGAGAGGAACCAAAGUAUGAUUAUAAGAAUCCUGGAUUUUCUCCUGAAACGGGCCAUUUUACCCAGGUUGUAUGGAAGGACACCAGAGCAGUAGGAGUCGCUCAAGCCUCCAGAGGCUCAGGUUUUUCAAAACAGAUCUUUAUCGUGGCUCGUUACAGUCCUUCAGGAAACUUCAUUUUGAGGAGAUUUAAAGAAAAUGUGGUGGGGAGACGAAACCAGCCAAAUACCACGCCUAGCUGGAAACGUUCAUCCACCAGAGGCUCAAAGACAACACCUGACACCUUAGUCACCAGAAAAGCAGUAACAACAAUACAGCCUUCGGCCCCUGCCACAUCUCUUACAGCUGAAGUAAAAGCUUGCUUAAAAGCCCACAACGAAAGGCGCGCGCUUCAUGGAGCGAGUCCGCUGGUCUGGGAUGACACGCUAGUAGAGCAUGCGCAGGUCUGGGCAGAUCACCUGGCUGCGACUGGUAGAAUUCAUCAUGACCCAAACCGAGACGGCGAAGGAGAGAACAUAGCUUGGUUUAAAGGAUACAAAACUGCAGAUUGUGAAGAUGCUUUGGUAGGCUGGUACGACAGAGAGGAACCUUUGUACAAUUAUGAAAAGCCUGAAUUUUCUCCCGGAACGGGCCAUUUUACCCAGGUUGUAUGGAAGGCUUCCACAGCUGUAGGAGUCGCUCAAGCUUUUAGAGGCUCUGGCUUUUCGAAAGAGAUCUUUAUCGUAGCUCGUUAUAGUCCUUCGGGAAACGUUUUGAGAAGAUUUAGAAAAAAUGUGGGAGAGAAAAGAAAUCAACUAAAUACCACGCCUAGUUGGAACCGUUCAUCCGCCGGCGGCCCCAGAACUACACCUGAAACCUUAGUCACCAAGAAAGUAGUGACAACAAUUCAACCUUCAGUGCCCGCCACAUCUCUUACAGCAGAAGUAAAAGCUUGCUUAAAAGCACACAACGAAAGGCGUGCGCUUCAUGGAGUAAGUCCGUUGGUCUGGGAUGACACAUUGGUAGAGCAUGCGCAGAUCUGGGCUGAUCACCUGGCUGAGACAGGUAAAAUUCGUCAUGACCCAAACCGAGACGGCGAAGGAGAAAACAUAGCCUGGUUUAAAGGUCACAAAACUGCAGACUGUGAAGAUGCUUUAGUAGGAUGGUACGAUCGUGAGGAGCCAAUGUACGAUUAUGCGAAACCUGGAUUUUCUCCCGAAACAGGUCAUUUUUCUCAGGUUGUGUGGAAGGCGACUACAGCGGUUGGAGUGGCACAAUCUUCUAGAGGCUCGGGCUUCUCAAAAGAAAUUUUUAUUGUUGCUCGUUACAGUCCUACGGGAAAUGUUCUGAGAAGAUUUCAGAAGAACGUUGGAGUCAAGCGUUCUAAAAGUUAAAGCAUAGAAUAGCAUAAUACACUUGUUCUGUUGGGCCUUUACAUCAAUCAUGUCAAAUGCCUUCGCGUUUACCAUUGAGUAGCUUCUGAGUAACAUGUAACACAACAGCACUCUGCAAGAAACCAGAAGUAAAGAAAUUUAAGUAUAAUGAGCGUUGAUUUUUAAAACAUCCUUUUCUAACUGAGCCACUAGAGAUACUCGUCAAUGCCAAAAGCAAUUUGUUCCUGCUUUGCGUUUUCUUCUUGUACAGAGUUUGCGGCUAGUUUAUCUAUCGAUGGAUCUAGCUGCAAGGG